AUGAAAUCAAUCGUCAUUUUGGUUUUGGUUGCCACAGCCUUCGCCACAAACUUAGCUGCAUUCGAAAAACUCGAAAAGAGCAAACUUGGAAAGACAUUGUUGAACACAAUUGCCAUCCAAAUGCAAACAGGUGAACCACUUGAAAGAAUCUUCUAAACCCUCUAUGAUUUGGAAGAAAGAUACUAAAACGAUUAAAGAGAAGAUGAUGCUGAAAACAAGGCCUUCUAAGGUGUCUGUGACGCUGACCUUGCUGGACUCAACUAAGAACUCGCCAACCUCGAAUAAAAGGAUACAGAAUUAUAAGCUAGACUUGACGAACUCCAACCAGUCCAUGACUAAAAGGUCGGAUAAAGAGUUGCCAAAUUAGCUGAAAAGGCCCUCCUCUAAAAGGUUAUCGAUGAAGCCACAGCCAAGAGAUAAGAAGAAAACACAGACUUUGAAGCCUAAAGAGAAGAAUUCACCUUCGUUUCAAGCGUCCUCGCUGAAGCAAGAAGACUCUUCACAGACAACUUAUAAGCCCCAGCUUUCUUAUAAAAGGGAGCUAGCGAAGCCGUCCACUUUACCCCAUAAGUCUUUGCCUAAGUCGCUUCACACUUGAACGCUGCUGCUCACAAGGCUGGAUAAAUGAAACACAUCAGAACUUCGGAAAAGCCAUCAAACUUAUGGCUUAAUUGGCUGUCAAGGCUUAAUAAUAUGCCAACUAAGAAUUAACCGGAAGAAUCAUCCAAUUGA